AUGUGGAAUCCCUCUAUCACAGCUAUACCUCGAGAUGCUCUACCAACAUUCACUUGGAGUAUGUUCUAUGGAUGGUGGGAAUACCUCAAGAUUGGUAUACCUUCUAUGAUUACCUUAUGCUCAGAAUGGUGGGCAUAUGAGAUUGCUACACUGAUCGUCGGUCUAUUGCGUGACUCCAAUCAAUUGGCAGCACAUGUUUCGAUCUGCAACCUCUUCGUUAUUAUGUUCAUGUUGAGCUACGGCAUCCAAACUGGCCUCAGCGCUAAGGUGGGGAGCGCGGUUGGGGCUGGUGAUCUGCAUCUGGCGAAACUUUACUGCAGGGCAGGUAUCGUGAUUGGUGGAUCGAUGAUCAUCAUCGUUGUACUUCUCCUUUGUACCUUCAGAGACUCAAUAGUCCGGCUUUACGCCGAGAAGGAACCCGAUGUGGGCUUCUCGAGCACCCCAACAGCUUACAGCUAUUUCAACAUCCAUCAGGUAUACAACGAUAUGCUGUCCCAGUGA